GACCCCAGCUGCAGCGUCCCUUUGGCCCGAGGGCCAGCUGAGCUGCAAGAGACCACGCGUUCCGCCGACCCGGUAGAGAUUCUUCAAGAACUGCUCAGUCCUGGGGUGGAGGGAUUGUGUGAAGACACAGACAUUUUACCCUGAGACAAGCACAGAAGUUCUCAUUAUAAGAAUUCUGCAGUUUUUAAGCAGCAGCUUCACCUGGCACGAGCCAUUGCAAUCCUCCUCAUCACCGACUGAGGCCAUGCUUUGGGCCCUGCACCUGUGGUGAGAAGAAUAUAGCAAGCCCGGCCCAACAGCUCUUUCUGAAUCUCCUGGUACCUGUGUUUAUGGAGUCCCUUCCCCCAGAAAAUCACACAAAAAGAGUUAAGAGGAAGAUCUAUGAAGCAUGGAACCUUCCAUCAGAUUUGGAAGAAAGUAGAAUGGAUGCAGAGAUACCAGACUGCCUCUAAGACCCAUGGACAAUCCCACACUCACACGUCUCUGUCGAACUUUAAGAUUAAUUAUUAAUAUGCUACCUUUGCAAGAUGAAAAGAAACUAAUGCUGAAAAGGCGUGUUCUUCAGUGUUGGGAAUAGACGUGCUCUCAGGACCAUGGCUUCAAAAGUCUCCUGUUUAUACGUUUUGACAGUUGUGUGCUGGGCCAGCGCUCUCUGGUACUUGAGUGUAACUCGUCCUACUUCUUCCUACACUGGCUCCAAGCCAUUCAGCCACCUCACAGCUGCCAGGAAAAACUUCACAUUUGGCAACAUAAGAACUCGACCUAUAAACCCACAUUCUUUUGAAUUUCUUAUAAAUGAGCCCAACAAAUGUGAGAAAAACAUUCCUUUCCUUGUUAUCCUCAUCAGCACCACCCACAAAGAAUUCGAUGCCCGCCAGGCAAUCCGAGAGACGUGGGGGGAUGAGAACAACUUCAAAGGGAUCAAGAUAGCCACCCUGUUCCUCCUGGGAAAAAACGCUGAUCCAGUUCUGAAUCAGAUGGUGGAGCAAGAGAGCCAAAUCUUCCAUGACAUUAUCGUGGAGGACUUCAUUGACUCGUACCAUAAUCUCACCCUCAAAACAUUAAUGGGCAUGAGAUGGGUGGCCACUUUUUGUUCAAAAGCCAAGUAUGUCAUGAAAACAGACAGUGACAUUUUUGUAAACAUGGACAACCUUAUUUAUAAAUUACUGAAACCCUCCACCAAGCCAAGAAGAAGGUAUUUUACUGGCUAUGUCAUCAAUGGAGGGCCAAUCCGGGACGUCCGCAGUAAAUGGUAUAUGCCCAGGGAUUUGUACCCUGACAGUAACUACCCACCAUUCUGCUCGGGGACCGGCUAUAUCUUCUCAGCCGAUGUAGCAGAACUCAUUUACAAGACCUCACUGCACACAAGGCUGCUUCACCUUGAGGAUGUCUACGUAGGACUGUGUCUCCGAAAGCUGGGCAUACAUCCUUUUCAGAACAGUGGCUUCAAUCACUGGAAAAUGGCCUAUAGCUUGUGUAGGUACCGCCGAGUUAUCACUGUGCAUCAGAUCUCUCCAGAAGAAAUGCACAGAAUCUGGAAUGACAUGUCGAGCAAGAAACAUCUCAGAUGUUAGGAUUUUUACCAAUGUAAAUACAUUUCUUUUCUUUUUUAAAAAAUGGGGCUUAAGGUGUUGGUAUUUUACAAGUGUCACCAGAAGUGAACUGGUGAAGGGGUUUUGUAAAAAGCUUUUUCUUCCCGGUCCUAGUUCCUUUCUUGGAUUAUCAACUUACAAAUGUCAGGCUCUGAUCAUAGAAACAACGCGUAAGUUAGAAGCACCAGAUUUUAUUCUCAGGUCCUAAGGCCUUGCAUUUAUCUCAAAAAGCAACUUCCUAACAACUGCUAGGACUUACAUACUGUGCACCUGAGAAAAAAAUCUGGUUCUGGGAAAUGAAACUCACAGUAAUGUCUUCAUAGCAUCUCUCUGCAGAAGCAAACAAAGUUCCUUUUCAAAAACAAUUCAGAAAGAAUGCACAGUCAGGAAGACACACUGGAUGUGAGUACUAAUAUCAGUGUGCUACUAUGUGAAUUUUCACACAUAUUCCCACACAGUGUGCACAGUAUUAGUGGUUCUAACAAGAAAUGAACUUAGUACUGGCAGGGAGGCUGCAGUUAAAUAAAUGGAAAUUUAACUUGAGAAUCAAAUACUUUGUAUGUUUGGAAGAAAAUCUGCUUGCUCAUUCAACAAACAUUACCUGGUGCCUCCAAGUAGACUUUGCCAAAUGUAAUCUUACUGCUACACUCCGUACCAUGUCGCUAAGUGCAUUUUAAAGUCUCUGUCUCAGGCAGGCACAUGUGUAGAACUAAGUUGGUAGGAGGCCAGAAGAAUAAUAAAUCACAUGGAAAAAAUAUAAAUUUAAAUAUGCAUAAUAAUUAAUAUAAGCUUAGCAAUAGUAUAAGAUGCCCCCUCCCACACAUUUACAAAGUGUGUACAAAAAUCUUUUAGCAGAUACCAAUGUUAUUGAAUGACUUAUCCCGACAGUCAAUAGCUGUAAUACUCUCUGAUAUCCAAAACAUCCAAGUACCUCUAGCAGCCAUGCUGGUAGGAGGUGUUCCAAGGCUCCAGAAUUGAGGUUCAUGGAAAAGAAGAGGGGGAAGCUUGGCUUCAGGCUCUAUUGAUGCCAUCCUACUCGAUGGGUCUUGUGAGCAGGCAUCUUUACCUUACUGUGCUUCAAAUAUGCUCAUUUACAAAAUGGUGGAAAAAACACCUACCUCACAGGUGCUGUGAGAGCAAAUCACAUUUGCUAAGUAUUUUGAGAUCCUUGGUUUAAAAGGUGCUACGUAAUGCAAUGUAUCAUGCAUUAUGCUAAAUGCUAAAAUAGUUACAUAAGUAUAAUGAUGGUCAGAAAUAGUAGUGACAUCAUUUUAGUAUAAAAUCUGCCAAAAUAAAGAUCAAAUAUGAACUAUUAGUGAACCUGAUUCUUCUAAGACUUUUCCUUGGAAAUGUUAGGGGUUUGGGGAAGCUUCAGUUUCUUUGUCAUUUCUUCUGGUUUCGGUGAAUAAGUUAUUAUUCUGGUGCAUUGCCUUGAUAUCCUAGGGCAAUGAAAGCGAAGGCAGCUGGCUUUCCUUGAGGAGGAGCUUCUGGCCAGGGGUGUAUUAGGGCAAUUGAAGCACCUGCUUUGCAAAAGGUAUCACAUCAACUUAGACCAUAGAAAACAGUUGAUCUGAAUUCUCAGUCAGAACUUUGAGGAUGGGUAGAUCUAGUCCACUUCUAUCAAAAGAAUAGACUCUCAGCACUCCCACACAUUCCACAUCUACCAUUCCUUAGAAACUGUUUUCAUUCAAAAAAAAAAAAGGCCCACAACUGAAAGAGUAUACCUUUUGUUUUAAUAUAAUCCUUGGAAGCCCCCCUAGAAGUUUAUAGCAAAGGGGUAGAAAAAAUUGAGUAAAUGGAAGUUAUGGCCUAUUUCCCGAAAACACUGGAUCUCUUCUUGCCAGUGCAAAAGAACCCAAUGUUAGACAGGCCUCUCGGUCCUUUAGUACAUCUUCAUCUUACAGUUAGCAGUACUGCUGAGUUUGAUUAGAGACAGCAUCAGGUAGCCUGGGGAGAGAUGGAUUAGCACAGGUGAGCCGCCCUCCAGCCCCAACCUUUGACUGCUGUGAGUUCUGAUCACUGCAGAAGUCUCAUGACUUUGUACUUGGUUGGCCUUUCAGUCACGGGGCUGAGUUAAGCCUCUGUCUCAUACUGCCGUCUUGCAUUGACCUUAUACUCACCACUGGUGUCAAGGAAUUAUGUAUUAUAAACAUCAUACAUGUACAUCUGUGAAUUUUGGGGUGUGUGUGUAUGUGUGUACAUUAUGAAUAGAGAGCCCUAAUCUUUAAAAGGAGCUUAAAUCAGAGAACCAUGUCUUAAAGAAGUAUUUCCUAACUUUUUUAUGCUAAGUAGUGCCCAUGUGACAAACAUGUAAAUAUUCAUCCAAGGUCAUAUGUAUAUAUUUUAAAGGCAUUUUUUUCUUCUCCCCAACUUUACAUAUAGCUAGACUGUGCUUGCUGGGUACAUGUUCUUCUGCAUGGGGCUUGGGGAAGCAAGGCCAUUUGCCCGGUUCCAAUAGCCUAAAGCAUGUUUGUCCUUUGUUUUUUGGAUGUUCAAAAAAAAAUGUUUAAGUCAAGUGAUCAGAAAAAGCUCUAAUUUUCUACUAUUGUUAAUUUUAUGACACUGGCCAAAUUAUGGUUUUGAUUAUUUGUGAUGCCAUUUUUUAAAAGUUACUAUUUCUCUGAUGUAAAAUAAUAUUUCAGACAGUAUUGUACUAGAAGCCAUUCAGGCGGUUUUUACAAAAACCUUCUGACUACCCUUACAUGUUUUGUUCAUUUUGCGUUGGAUAACAAAAGAUACUAAUAAUUAGUGUCUGUACAUUUUCUUUCUUAAAUUUAUUUUGGAAAAAAUGUUUAAUCUUUUUUGGCUAGUUUCUGUGGCUUUGUGUCUUUUAUAUUGGCUCAAAUGUCAGUUUCAAUAUAUAAUAUUGUAUUUUUAAAUAAUGGGAAUCAAACUGGAGAUCAUUUUUGAUUUGAAUUAAAUUCAGAAGAACAAAACCCCUUUGUGUGAUAUGACAUGGUGAAAAUAAACUCUUUACAGAGAAGCUAAGGAAGGAGUUUUUCAAUCAAAUCUCUUCUAUCAAAAGACAGUGGAAUAUUUACAUAAAGCAUCUGGGAUUCAUUUUCUACCUUUCUUAACACGUGAGUUUAGUGGGGCAAUUGAUGAUGCCAUUUCUUCUGAAAAGGUGAAGAUAGUUUUUAUAAGCAACAAAAGUAACUUGUGAUGAAAGAAGUAAUUUACUAGAAAUAUUUGUUGAUGAUAAUUGACGUUUAGGUAUAUCGUUAUAUAUGAAUGAUUGUAUUUAUGUAUUUAUUUGUCAAAAUUGUACAUACUAUUUCGCCAAAUGUAAUUGUCUGUAAAAGUGCACUCUCCAGGUUUGUAGUGCUGUUUAGGGUUACAUGGGUUGCCAAUCAAGCUGCUAAUCAGAAUACUAUUUUUUGUAUCAAUGUUAUAAAACUGAAAAUGACAAAUAGAUGCUGAAAAUGUCUUUACAUUCAGUUUCUUCACCUUCCUCUUGAAAUGUAAACUGUUGAUUGAAAGCACGAUGCUAAUGUAUAAGCCCAUCUGUCAUGAGGAAGAUUAUGGAUCCAUAAAGCUGAUUUUUUAAACCAUUGGGACAAAUAAACA